AUGGCUGCCGAUUCUCUGCCCGAGAACCUCAAUGGAAGCCCGACCAAGACCCGUGGAGCCAUCCGUCUUAAUGAAGCAUUCGAGCGUCUGCGCUGGUCGGUCUUCAAGGACAUCACCAACAUCCUCGUUCUCGAUGAUCCAAAGACUGCCCUAUCGCCCUUCGACGGUCACGCUAUCGCAUCAAAAUCAGCUUCCGGGAUCCCUCUCACCAAGAUAGCCUUCAGCAUCGACGAGCUCAAUCAGUUCGCAGCUCUUGAAACAGGUUUCAGCGAUGACGAGUUCGACGAGCCUGGUUUUGAGGAAAAUCGUCGCUAUCAGCGACCAGAGCCCUUACUUGUUACCAGAGCAGAUGGCGGUACUGUCACAGUCGCAGACGUCGUCCAGCAACUAUCAGUCUACUUCCUCACUCACAAAGAAGACAUACUCAUGGCAAAAGCCUAUACGAAUGGGGAUAUGAGCGACCAUGGAGCGGACGACGAUCAAGCCGCCACUAAUACCCUGGCCAAAGAUCAGGGUGCGUCUCCCGGCACGAGAGUUUUCUUUGACGGGUUCUUUGGUAUCAUAGAGCCCAGCAUGGACUCUGUUCCUGUAUGA